AUGUUAUUUACUUUCGUUUUGCUCGGCUUUGUUAAUUCAUCUUGUCUUACUAGAAAUUUUGAGGAAUGUUUGACCUUGAAUGUAGAAUACCAGGAUAGUUGUCAAUUAUCUUAAGGAGAGUGCAGACCAAGACCUCAAAAGUGUACUGAAAUAGAUGCCACAUACCCUUUAAACUGUAGAACAAAUGAAUGUUACUACAGUAAGAGAUUCAACAAAUGUUUGGUAACUCAAUGCACUAAUCUAGUCACAACCAUUUACUCGUCUUCUCAAUGAGGUUCCUGAGAGAGGAGGAAAACAUUAGGAUCAUCAACAAGGUCCCCAUUAAGGACCAGGUCACCCAGGACCUGCCACAACAGAAGGAGGACCCUUACCUACUUCAUAAUAGCCACCUUAAUAACCCCCAAAUCCAAAUUAAUAACCUUUCUAAAAUCAAACAACUCUGUAAAUGACUUAUAAUAUUAAUUAGAAACAAUUAAACUCUGAAUCAACCUAAAGUGGAGGAGAAUGAAACUAAUGAUCAGGAUGAUGCAUCAGCAGAGGAAGAGGACUAUGAAGAAUAGGAUACUGAUGAGAACACUGAAGAUGAUGAUAAGCCUUGGAAUGAACCAGAAGGUAAUUAUAAAAUCAAAAAAUAGUUCCUCCUUCAACUAAUUCUACAAAUUCUACAGGCAUUCCCAAUAACACAAAUAGUACAGGUGGCUUUAAUGACACCUACUAUGGAUUUUAAGAUUUAAUUGAAGAGGAGAUCAAAAUCAAACUGAGUGAAUCUGAUGAUAGAAAAUAAAUAGAAAUAAAGAGCAGUGGAAGCUUCCAGUUCAUCAUGGCAUUUAUCACUAUGAUUAUUUGGAUAUGA